AAUGCAGCACGAUGCCACGUCUCCUGAUUGGCGCCACAGCCGAACAAAACUCACGUGACCGCCACGAGCACAUGACAGUUUGGGUGAACGUCAUCAUGGCUGCAACACAACAAGCCUUCUACUGGCUGGGUAAUGACACCCUGAGGGUGGCUGCUGCCCUAUUUGCAGAAAACCGGAGACGCCUGUGCAAAGAGCUGAAAGCCAAAGAUGGUGUGGCGCCACAGUCAGUGGUUGUGCUGCAGGGAGGAGAGCAGAAGCAGAGGUACUGCACGGACACCGACGUCCUCUUCAGGCAGGAGUCUUUCUUCCACUGGACCUUUGGUGUAACCGAGGCCGACUGUUAUGGAGCCAUUGAUGUGAACUCCGGAAAAUCCAUGCUUUUUGUUCCCAAACUGCCUGAGAGCUAUGCCACUUGGAUGGGAGAGAUCUUUCCUAAAGAGCACUUCAAGGACAAGUAUGCCGUAGAUGAGGUGCAUUACACCUGCGAUAUUGUGGACGUGCUGUCCAACCUGAGACCAGCGGUUCUGCUAACUCUGCGAGGACAGAAUACCGAUAGUGGGAGCAUCUGCCGUGAAGCUUCCUUUGAAGGAAUUAGUGGUUUUCAAGUAAACAACACUCUCCUGCACCCAGUCAUUGUGGAAUGCCGCCUGAUUAAGACUGAUAUGGAGCUGGAGGUUCUGCGCUACACCAACAGGAUCUCCAGUGAAGCUCACAAAGAGGUGAUGAAAAAUGUGAAGCCUGGAAAAAAAGAAUAUGAAAUGGAGAGCCUCUUCCAGCACUACUGCUACACCAGAGGAGGCAUGCGCCACACCUCCUACAGCUGUAUCUGUGGAACGGGCCACAACUCCUCUGUGCUCCACUAUGGCCAUGCUGGGGCUCCUAAUGACAAGACUAUUGCAGAUGGAGACAUGUGCCUCUUUGACAUGGGUGGAGAGUAUUACUGCUACAGUUCAGACAUCACCUGCUCCUUCCCAGCUAACGGAAAGUUCACUCCAGAUCAGAAGGCCAUCUACGAGGCUGUCCUCAAGUCCUCCAGAACUGUCAUGGCUGCCAUCAAACCAGGUGUGAAGUGGCCUGAUAUGCACCGUCUGGCUGACCAGGUUCACCUGGAGGAGCUGGUGAAGAUUGGGAUCCUGCAGGGCAGCGUGGCAGACAUGGAGAAGGUCCAUCUCGGCUCGGUCUUCAUGCCCCAUGGCCUGGGACACCUGCUGGGCAUCGACGUGCACGAUGUGGGAGGCUACCCUGAGGGGAUUCAACGCAUCGAUGAGCCUGGACUGAAGAGUCUACGGAUGGGACGCCUCGUGCAGGAGAGGAUGGUCCUCACUGUGGAGCCUGGCAUAUACUUCAUCAACCACCUGCUGGACCAGGCCUUGGCCAACCCGGCCCAGAGCUGCUUCAUCAACAACCAAGUGCUGGCUCGCUUCCGCGGCUUCGGAGGGGUUCGCAUCGAAGACGACAUCGCUGUGACGGCAGACGGCGUAGAGCUGCUGACCUGCGUCCCUCGCACCGUGGAGGAGAUCGAGGCUUUCAUGGCAAACUCUGAGAAAACCUUCAGCCCCGUCGUCAGCAGCGAGAAACUCUAAAUGAUGUCUCUCAAAAAAAAAAAAUCAACAUCAUCAUUUAGCACAGAUUAAAAACAUACGCAUUGAUCAAGUGAAAUGACUUUUCUCUACAUCCGUCACCUUCAUGGCCUGCGGAACCACAUAUAAUCAAGAAUAAUUAAACAGAGCUGACACGAGACAUGAAAGAAGCAAAUGACUUGACUGUGUUGAUACAGAUUUUAUAAUAGCUGGAGCUUUGUGGUCAUUUUUAAAUCACUUUAAGGGACAGUCUCUACCUUAAUACACCAAAUGUAGUGAUUUCUGUGCCUCCUGACUUUUUUACUCAACUUUGUAAAGUGACAUUAAAUAAACAGCUUAAUUUGCAUCAA